AUGUCUGCACUCGCCCCAUUUGACGCGUCCCUGUACGCAUAUCGGACCAAUUUUGAUGGCCUAACGCCUCGGGAUCCGGCCUCCGCAGCUCGUGUUGAACAGGCAGUCCAACCUUACAAAGACGCCCUUGAAGAGUUCGAAAAUCGGGACAAAAAGGCACGCGAAGAAUAUGAACAGGCCACGAACGAUGGCUUCACUACCGAUAAAUUUGAACGUUGGGUGAUCGAGAAUGUCCCACAAUGGGCUCAGGCAAGGGCUGAGCUGGAGAACUACGGUGCCGCGUUAAGUCAGGCUGCCUUUGAUGCCUUUGGGGACGACUACCAUAGAAAGAUAAGCCAGGGCCAGCAAGACCUUAUGAUUGCAGCCAGGCGAGCGGGUUGUGAUCCUCAGUACUUUUAG